CAUUGUGGAAACUACAAUACCCAAGCGUACCAAUUUAUUUAUCUAGCUUUAUCUCGGGCAGGGACCUGUGUUUACACAAUGUCCUCGUUAGAAAUACUCUUGAACAAGUAACGUAUAUAAUUUUCGACAAAGUUUUUACCGAUAACUGCAAACAUGAACACCAUUUUUGCAGUACUUCUUGUUUUUGUUGGGUGCUGCAGCAAUGUUGUGUUUCUGGAACUACUUGUAAGAAAGUUUCCAGGAUGUGGCAACAUUGUGACCUUUGCUCAAUUUGCCUUCAUUGCAUUGGAGGGGUUCAUCUUCGAGACGAACUUUGGAAGAAAGAAACCAGCUAUUCCAAUGAGCAACUAUGUGAUCAUGGUGACCAUGUUCUUCACAGUCAGUGUGAUCAACAACUAUGCCCUCAACUUCAAUAUCGCUAUGCCUCUGCACAUGAUCUUCAGAUCUGGAUCAUUAAUAGCUAAUAUGAUCCUGGGUAUAAUAAUUCUGAAGAAAAGGUAUUCAAUGAGUAAAUAUCUCUCCAUAGCGAUGGUGUCUCUGGGUAUCUUCAUAUGCACCAUUAUGUCCGCCAGACAAGUGAACACAGGGGCCGAGGGCUCAGAGGACCAAGAUGUUUAUGCCUUCCUGCACUGGCUGCUAGGGAUCGCCAUGUUGACCUUUGCUCUGCUCAUGUCUGCGAGAAUGGGCAUUUUCCAGGAGACCCUGUACAAACAGUAUGGCAAACACUCCAAGGAGGCUCUCUUCUACAACGUGAGUGUCAACCAGGGCUUAGACGAUACCAUCAACGCGAUACUCUUUAGUAACGCGCACUGCUUGCCUCUUCCUGGGUUCCUGCUUCUGUCCUCAGAUAUCUACAACCAUGGUGUCCUCUUCAGUCAAAGCACUCCUGUAGAGGUUCCUGUGAUUGGCCAGGCUGUUCCAGUGAUGUGGCUAUACCUGCUGAUUAACGUAAUCACACAAUACGUGUGUAUCCGUGGCGUGUUCAUCCUGACCACAGAGUGUGCCUCUCUCACUGUGACCCUGGUGGUCACACUGAGGAAGUUCAUCAGCCUCAUCUUCUCCAUCCUCUACUUCAAGAACCCCUUCACCGCCUGGCACUGGGUGGGCACUGCCGUCGUCUUCCUGGGCACCCUGAUUUACACGGAGGUCUGGACUAGCGUCCGCAUGGCACUGAGAGGAAAAGAAGAGCUGAAAGAGAAGAAGGCGGAGUGAUACACAGCACUGACGUAUCACUCAAUGACUGAUUUCACUUUAUCUUUCCUCAAUUCCUUGCAUCCUCUCUCCUUGCCUCAUUCUCAAAACACAUUGGAGAAGAAGGUCUAGGGAGAGACCUGAGACAUUCUCUUCCAAUAUGAUUGUAAAGUAGUAGAGGAGAGAGGAUGCGAGGAAAUGUCGAAAGAGAAAUUAAGAUAGAGCCAAUGGCACUGUUGUGUGUGUGUGUGUGUGUGUGUACUGUAUUUGUUGUAGGUGUGCUCCCCCCUUCUCUCUCUGCUGCAGUCGCAGUGGGACCACGUCUGUUUUUAAUAGGAUCAUAAUUCUGUAUUUUUUUAGUAAGGAUUUUCCUAUUUCCUUAGAAAAGAUGGCUUCCCAAUAGGCUUCCUGCCUAACCCAUUUUUAAGGACAUCACCUAACAGUGGAGGCUGCUGAGGGGAGGACGGCUCAUAAGAAUAGCUGGAAUGGCGUGAAUGAACAGGCAUCAAACGCAUGGAAAACAGACCAUUCCACUAUUCUGCUCCAGCCAUUACCACGAGCCCGUUCUCCCCAAUUAACCUGUCUGUGCUAGACAAACACUACAGUACUUAUUGACCAAAUAAGCCAAGGCAAGCUAAAAAAUUAAAUAAAAACACACAUAUAAUAAUUAUAAUAAAAAAUACAUAUUUGUCCUCUGAAGACAAAGGGAUUCAUAAAAAAAUAAAAUAAGGCAAGCUAUUGUGAAACUGAAACCGUACUGUUCUGUUAAUUUUGUUUGGUGAAAACUAUUUAUUUAACUAAAUAUGAGGUUGGGGAUAUUCUGAUCUGUGUGUUAAUAGUGAGUUGACAAACCACUUCAUCAACAGAUAUUGAUGGGACACAAGUGAAACGUGUUAUGUUAAUGUUUUGUGAUACUUGUUCAUGUUUUAUUUGAGGAAUAUCUCAUUAGGAAACUGUUUGUCCUAUCAAAGUAGUACUUGGCAGGACCAGUAACUUUGUCAUGAAAAACAUCAAUGUGAAAAACCAUGCAAAUGCAUUUUUAUUUUAAAAGAUUGUCCUACAUUCUAGAAUCAUUACACCAUCCAUUCUAUAUCUACUGAAAUUGCAUUGUAUUAUAUAGUUUCCAUAUAUUACAUUUCUCUGUACGUAUAUUUCCAUAACAUGAGUCCCUGAUAAUGGGACAUACUGUACUUCUUACGUCAUAGUUUCCGUGAAAAUGAAGACCAAUGGAAAGGGGUCUUGUUCAAGACGCCUUUUCUCAGCCAAUAGAAAUGACCAAUAAACAUUACUCAGAAGUGG